GACGCAGAGCAGGAGGCGUUCGGGCUGGCUUUGGGAGGACGAGGGGACCCCUGUGGUCGCCAACAGGGACGGGCGGCAUUGCACGCGGAGGGUCCGGAGAAGCACAACUGUGGCUGGAAACUUGGGAAUACAUCGCUGGGUGGCUGUGGCUUGCUAGUCACUUUGCCCUUCGAUUGUAUUUCUGUGUGUGUGUGUGUGUCCGCACGCGUUGGAGGGAUUGUUAUGGUUUUAGUGCAAAAAAUAGAUUGGGGAUAUUGGAGACAGGAGAUGAGGCAGGUGUUUGCAUUGUGGGUGAGAGAGGUGAGGACAUCUGUGGAUCCGUGGGAUAGGAAGGUGACGCGCUCCAGAGAGAUUUAAGAUGCAGGAUCAGUAGGAUUUUGUGAGUGAUUGUGGAGUUGGAGGGAGGAGGAGCAUGUGAAGGAUGACUCCAUGCCUGCGCUGUUUCCCUCGGUUGGUAGUGGAAAGAGAGCUUGUGAGGGAGCAGAGCUGGCUGCAGGGUGUGGAUGCCGCAUCUCAGUUUUAGGUCUGUUAGCUUUCAGGAAUGAUCAGGACACCUAGUGGAGCUGUUUGAAGACAGUGAGGCAACCAGGACAGAAGACUAGACUGGAGAAAUGUUCUUUAUGUCCUUCCUACCUUUCUCCCCCCACUUUCCCCACACUCUGCCUUACUUUCAUCUAUCCAAUUUUUAUUAAACAUGGUACACACAAUCUGUUCAGAUAAUCCCCUGUCCUUAAGAACUUACCUUGGGGGUGGGACGGGGAGACCUGUAAUUAAACAAAUAGGUAGUAAAGUUGUAUAUAUUAACAUUUUUAUAACCAACGGCCUUCUUGGCCUUUUACCUAAUAACUGCUCGUGCCUGCAGCAGCCAGCAUGCCCACAUGUGUUGUUGUGUUUUUCAGGGAGGAAUCCAUACGAGUGUACAGGGCCAGAGACAGUUUGGCCCUUUGGCAUUCAUAUUUGGCGACAAAACAUCAAAAAAGCUGACAAAAUUCAGCAAAGUGAUAACCGUCGAUGGCAAUAUAUGUUCUGGAAAAAGCAAGCUUGCAAAAGCAAUAGCAGAGAAACUAGGCUUGAAGCACUUUCCUGAAGCAGGAAUACACUAUGCAGACAGCACCACGGGGGAUGGAAAACCCCUGGACGUACAAUAUAGUGGCAACUGCAGUUUGGAGAAGUUUUACGAUGAUCCCAAAAGUAAUGACGGCAACAGUUACCGUCUGCAGUCCUGGCUGUAUGCCAGUCGCCUCCUGCAGUACGCAGACGCCUUGGAACACUUGCUGAGCACAGGGCAGGGUGUCGUGUUGGAGCGCUCCAUCUACAGCGACUUUGUGUUCCUGGAUGCGAUGUACAAGCAGGGCUUCAUCCGGAGGCAGUGUGUGGACCACUACAAUGAGGUGAAGAAAGUGACCAUCUGCGAGUACCUGCCUCCUCACGUGGUGAUCUACAUCGACAUGCCCGUUCCAGAGGUCCAAGCUCAGAUUCAGAAGAAGGGAGAUCCACAUGAGAUGAAAAUCACCUCUGCCUAUCUUCAGGACAUCGAGAACGCCUAUAAGAAGACCUUCCUUCCUGAAAUGAGUGAAAAAUGUGAAGUUUUACAGUAUAGUGUAAAGGAAGCUCAAGAUGCAGAAAAGGUGGUGGAGGACAUCGAAUACCUCAAGUUUGACAAGGGGCCGUGGCUCGACCAGAGUGACAGUUCCUUCUACCAUCUGCGGAUGCUGGUUCAGGAUAAGUUGAAGGUGCUGAAUUACACAACCAUUCCAAUCUAUCUCCCAGAAAUCACGAUUGGAGCACACCAGAGUGACCGAGUCUUCCGUGAAUUCUCAGAGCUGCCGGGCCGCAAGUACUGCCCCGGGUAUAAUGCGGACGUGGGCGACAAGUGGAUCUGGCUGAAGUGACGGACCACCCUCUGCUAGAGCUGUAUUGGCAGUGAAGAAGAAGCUUCCAGUCUGCACUCUCGUGGCCUCCUCGUAGCUUUAAAAUUUGGGGGGAAGUAAACAUCGCACCGUGGAAGCAAUGGCAGUCGUCCCUGCGGUGUAGUCAGGGUGGACAGGAGCAUCGGAGUCUGCAGCUUUAUGUGGCAGCAAUUCGUAAUGAUCACGGGGCAAAGGAAGUCUGCUGGGGGGCCAGGCUCCACUAGAAGGGUUUCUUCUCCCACCUGUGUCCGUGUUGUGCAGGCUGGUACGUGGCUUCUUCAGACUCGAGAAAUAAACUGCUUCUGUGGCACUUGUCUCCAUUAGACUCUGCUCGCACACGGGCAUGUCGCGCAUGUGCCCACGCUCAUUUGCCAUUCCGCUCGCCGCUUACUGUGAUGUGGUUUGCUUUAAUUCAGAAACAUACUAAGAUUUAACCAUUUACUCUGUUUAUUCUAACAAUCUAUUAGAGAAAAGUAAAAAAAAUAAGGAGGGAAUACCAAAAAAUGGAAGGAAUUAGCAUAGACUAUAGAGCAGAUGUUUGGGAGUCUUGUGUGAUGAGCAGUACCCCUGGGCUCAUGAGUCCUUCCUCUGAAGGCAGAUCUGAGCUCACAGUGUCGGUGGGAUAAAACAAAAGCAAAAUAGCAUGCUCUUCGUUCUCUGAGAAUCCGUUGUCAGUGGAAGAGAGGAGCGAGAGAAAAUCCCAUUUCCUCCUCCACCUCUAAAACAGGAAACUAGGUGACGUGCCUCGCAGCUCAUUGUAGAGUUCGGCAUUUUAGUUCAGGGGUUAAGCUGUACAUUGUGAAUUCUAUCCAGUGAGUUUUUCUGUGGAGUCCCACUGUGUUAAAUGUGGCUCCUAGCCACAUGUGACCAUUACAUUUAAUGAGUUAGAAUUAAAUGCAGCUAAUUCAGUU